UUAUAUAUACCAGAACAUAUCUAAAAGUAUAGUUUCAUGAUCUUAAAUUAUAUUUUGCUUGAUACGCUACUGGUCGCCUACAUAAGCCCCCAACCAUUCAACUAAAAUCUUUGUCAAAACAAGGGAAUAAAAAAAGAAACUGGAAAAGCAGUGAAAAUGGUAAGCAAAAAUCUUACGGCGGCGUUUCUCCUCUUCACCACCUUUCUCUUCAUUUCCGGAUCAACCUCAGCCGUUCAUUCCUCUCCACGACUUAACGCAACAACCAAAGAUCUAGAUUUCAUCCGAACAAGCUGCAACGUUACUCAAUAUCCAGACAUCUGCUUCAAGUCUCUCGCCGGCUACGCCUCCACCGUUCAUGAAAGUCCUGCGAGGCUAACCAAACUCUCAGUCGAUGUUGCGAUUACAAAAGCUAAAUCAACGGUUGAGUUUCUCUCCAAACUCUCUCGGUCCGCACCCGAAGUCAAAGACUGUGUUUCCUACGUAAGAGACGCAAUAGACUCAAUGAGGGAUUGUCUCCCGAUACUACGAAACAUUAGCCGUGGAGGCGAUGUAGCAGCACCGGCUCCGUCAGCGGCAGCUCCACCAUCCUCGGAGGUGUUUCGUUGGCAGAUGGAUGAUGUGUUGACGUAUAUGACUGCAGCGACGACGUAUGAGGAAACGUGUACGGACGAAUAUGAAGACGAAGAAGGAAAGCUCAAGACUAUUGUUUGUGAUCGGGUGAACAAAGAGAAAUUGUUUUCUAGUAUUGCUCUUUCGCUUGCUAACAGUCUAGCCAACAAUGGACCUUCUCCAAGAGAUUAGAUUAUGAAGAUUUUUAUUUUAUUGUGCUUCGUCUGAUAAUUUGUUGGUGUUCUUAUAUUGUUAAAGGUUUCUUUUGAUAAAUUAAUAAAUUACCGGUUUUAGUUAUAAAA